AUGGCUGAUUUCGAGACUUCAAAUAUCACACCACCUUUUAACUCUUCACAUUCUACGAUCCCACCCCCUUCUUCACCAGUUUUACAGGCUGUUUCUGCCUUUUCAAGUUCACAAGUAGAAUUCCAAUGUUUCCCAUCUUCAACGGUUGUUUCGCGUCCACAAAGAACCGAUAGCGAACAAGAAGAAGGACGUCAAAGUGCCGUCAACGCUUUACACCAAUACUCUAUAUUAGCCAUGCAUGUAAUUGCUAGUGAAGAG